GGGUUAAUAAAUCUGGCCGGCAAUGUUCGCGCGGCGACACGGCCGGGGGUAGUUAAGUAGAACGUAGCAGCGUCUAACCGCGGCGUUUUUCGCGGCGAUCGAAGUUCAGCUCGACCAGCCAGCCAGCCAGCCAGCCAACUCUGCUCAGAUUCUCAAGGAAAGCGGUAAGGUAACCACCUUACGGUAGAGCAUUUUCUGCUUUAGUGGUGGCAGCACGUAGGGGAGUUACGUAGUGGGGAUGCUUGGAAGGCUUAAAAGGCCUUCCGACGUCCUUGUAACACGCAGUCUUGAAAUCAAACAUACUCAGUAUUCCGUGUAAGUGAAACGGAAGAAAGUGCGAGGGAUACUCUCUUCGACUCCGAGCCUGAGUGGACGGUGUACCAUCGUUGCCUGUUCAUUAAACUGUCACCGCGGUGCCCUUGUCGACCAGUGUGUAGUAAGCCGAGAUUCACUCGUCGGGGAGAUAAAUCCCCGUUGUAGAGAGAAGAUUCGUCUUCGGGAGGAAAAUUCGUGGAGACGAAGAGCAGAAAUAAAGAUCCGCGCGGAGAAGAGACGACUCUCUUUCUUUGCGUAAACAAAUCCUUCCUCCUUUUCUUCCCUCCCCCUCCAUCCCUCCCCCCCCCCUCUUCUCACCUCUUCACCUUAAGGACCGGAUUUGUGUGAUUUGUGUGAUCGUACAAGUGGUAAUCGAUUAAAAUAUUAUUCGCAUCGCGACCAAUCGCGAGACCAUGAGAGGCGAAAUAGGUGCCCGCAUAAUCUUGUCCGUUUUACUGGCCGUGUCGAUAUUCUCGCCGCCGAUGUCCGGGGCUCUCGUGACUUUCGGCAAGACCAACCCGCAAAAUCAGAACCAAAACCCGCCACCGCCUCCGACACCAGUUGGAAAAGCUCGCGAGUGCAAGGUACAUAGCGACUGUAUUGGAAUUCAAAACACCUCGUGUAUAUCGGAUCACCAGGAUGGAAGAAGACGAUGUCUUUGUGGCGAUUAUUCGGCACCACUUAAUGGUCUCUGCGCUAAUAAAUACAAAGCGCUUCAUGUAUCCUGCAAUGACAAUUCAGAGUGCAUAGAAGACGCCCAAUGUACUGUACGCAACGCCACUUUGGGAAAACGCUGUUACUGUGAAGAGGGAUUCUUCGAAGAAAGCCCAUUGUUUUGUAACGGUUGCUCGUCAAUCUUCACGUUGUAUACGAUGACUCUUCUGGCUGCUUCGCUCAUGCUAGGAAGACUUAACUACGUCUAAAUCUCUCUACGAUCUUUCAAAGCAAUAUCUCGAACAUUCUUACAACUCCGUACAAAGUCACACGAUAGAAAAAGAUCAUUCUUCGAAUUAACGAAUCAAAGGAGAAAUAACGGCUAGAGAAAUACGCUUUUUUAUAAAAGUAUCAACAUUUCCGUUAAUUUGACGAAAGCGUUUUAGCAGAACGUAUGUAUGCGUUCAGAGAGUUGACGAACGUUUAUGUGUCAAAUAGCUACGAAUUCUGAUCAGAUCUCAACCAAGUAUAGAUAGAGUGUUCCAGUAAUUGAGCAGUUCUUUUCAAUUGCAGAUUUCUUCGACAAACAAGUUUCUCCUUAGCAGGAGGUUAAUAGAUGCUAUUUUUAUGAUCCUUUUAACGGAGAUUUGCAUGAAAUGUUAAGCCGUUUACGUUGCUUGUGAAGACUCUUAAGUUUCGUAAUUGUUAGCAGCAUAAAAGUUAUCGAUUUCUACACAGACAAUCGCCACCCUUUCCAGUUUGCUUUCAAUCGAUUGUAAUUUAGAAAAAGUGCAUGGUUUCUGGGACAAUCGAUGUACGUAUUAUUUAAGACGCGUUAUGUUGCAAGCGUCCGCGGAAAAUCUCGUGUUUUUUCCUCUGAUUCGUUUUUAGAAUGAAAAAUUAAAACUAAUUCCACUUUCGGCUGCUCUUUUGGACAUCAAUUUGUCAAUCAGCGGAUUCUGUAAUCAGUGUUAAAAUAUGUAGCGUUGCAAUCAAAUCACAGAGAAAUGUUCAAACUAAUUCAGAUAUCUGCUAGAGGAAUACCGAAUAAUUCGGGAUUUCUAUCUAUCACUAACUUUGAAUCUGUAUAAACGAUGACUCAGAUAAAUAACAUCGUUAAUUUUAUCUUACUAUACUACUAAAACAACCCGGUUUAAUCCGAUUAUCGAUUUAUACGUAGCUUAUACCCGUGAUCAAGUCGGGAAACCGAACAGUAAUUCUGAACCACCCUCUAUACAAAAACGAUUAUUAAUUAAUUAAUUAAUUAAAUAUAAGCACUAAUCUUUCGUACUCGUAUAUAUUCUCGAUACAUUAAACAUUUUAACAUAACUGCUAUAGUUGAAAGGGAGAAAUUGCAUUGCAGCAUUGUUACAAGAAAAGGAUCAAUUGAGGAAAACAGUUCAAUAAUGUAUUCCAUGCAAAUUCUAUCUUAUCGUAUGAUCUAUCAUUUGAUUACUAUUACCAUAUCCUUGAUUUUCAUGUUGUGUUUCAUCAGGGAUCAUAGCAUGAGUACGGAAGAUUAAAACGGUAUAACAUUUGCAUAAUAUACGCAUAAUACGCAUAAAACUUAUCGUUAGAUUCAUACUUUAGCUAUCUUUAAAAUCUGAAAUAACAAAGAGUGACGCUUUAGUAGAAGAUUUCCGUAGUGUACAUAUUUAGACUUCGCGUUUUGACUGCACCAAGCAACAAGUACAUUUGGAUACACACAAACUUUUAAUGAUUUAUUUUGGUGUUGUAUUUUCCUUGGUAAAAUUUGUAAGAUGGAGAAACAAAUCUCAGAACGACAUAACCCAAUCGCAAAUCAAACAAAACUGUCUAAAUAUUCUGAAAUUUUUAUUCUAAGAUUCAAAAAUGAUCGAUUAAUCUAAUUCAACGUUUCGUCUAUUUAUGUCAAUCUCGUCUUAAUGCAAUAUCGAUUAGCGAUUAGCGAACGUGCCUCGGCAUCGGAAUAAUGAUCGAAUCAAUUUAUAAAAAUCUUCUUGUGAAGUUCUGCCAAUGAUGCCUUAACCUUAACAAAUGUAAUCACACAUGACAAAUAAUAUAUGAUUCUUUCUGCUGUAGUAUACUUAAUAAUUGUAGAAGUUUAUUGCAGCGCGUGUUUAAUUUAGUAUAAGUAUCUUUUGUAAACUUUGUAAUAUAAUACUAGUCAAGAAUAUUUAGAGUUAUUGUCCUCACUCUAAUGUCGUUUUAUGUACUUGAGUAUUUUGUGCACAAAUAAAUCUUCGAAUUUUUUCGAAGUCUUCAUUUAUUCUCAUGCUGUAGAAGGAAAUAGUCAAAAUAAAUUUCACAGGUUAUAAACA